AUGGAUUCCUGUCAACUCUUCGAAGCAUGGCGUCGCUCUUUGGGCAUCAUGGUGAACACCUGGAAAUUCAAGGACAGUGCCUUCGUGGGAAUCAUCCGCAUGGAGACUCCUGUCCUCAACGCCUUUGAUUACAUGCUUGAAUCUCCGCUUGUCACCGACCAAGAGAGAAUUGCCUUGAGCAAGCUUCGCGAACUCCUCUACAUUGCUGCUGCCAACCCCAGAAUCAUCCCAUCUCCUGACUACCUUGAUGAAUUGACCACUGCUACCGAAGGAGUCAAUUUCGUCUUCAACGAGGAUCGCAAGAGACAAGGUCAAUAUCUUCCACCACCAAUCAUGGUCCAACCCGUCAUCGGUCCCAAUGGUCAACCUAUCCCCAAGAGCUUCGAACUUGACGGCUUUGGUCUGGUCAAAAUGAACCGAGACGCCAUGAACUUGCACUAUGUUCCUGGCCCAGAUGGAGGUCCUGGUACCUACGUCAAGUUCGACCCUGUUAAAAUCUUCGCCAAGAAACCUGAGAUCAACAAUGAUGACAAGAAGACUGUCUUGGGUGAAGGACUCAGCAAUGUCAAUGUUGGCACCAAACCCACCAAUGACAAAGGAACUACCGCAGGCAACACCACUGAGCAAGUCGGAUACUUCGACCGCUUCAAGCAGAGCAUCCGUCGUGGAUUCAACUGA